AUGGCUCGUCAACAACGAAAGAAGCCACGUGCGCACGUUGUGGCUGCACAUUCAAAAACUUCCUCUAGCCUUCACAAAGUACAAAAAACGAAAGACGCAUUGGGCGCUGCGGCUGUCGCCGCCACGUUCGGCGACGAGCCAGAAGAAAGCGUUGCAGCCGAGGCCGAUGAAGAUACGGAAUUAGCUUUAGCGGAUAUGCAGAGCCUGAGCCGUGGCCAGCGCAAGCGUCUGAAGCGGCGUGCUGCCUUUAUGCGCAAGAUGGGGAUGGUGUCGCGUGUGACGGAGGAGCAGCAGAGCCUGGCCAAAUCGCAGGCAAGCGGUGUGUUUGCCGAUCUGGAGGAUCUGCAGAGCUCGCUAUGUCAGGCCGCUGAGGACAAUACGAAGAGCAAGAGCUUGGUAAACAAAAAGAAAAAGGCGCUAAGUGGCCGUCAACGUCAGAAGUUGGCUGUGCGCGAGCUGGGCCAACUCAAAGCUGUGCAGACACAUUCGAGCUUCAAGAGCGACCCGUUUGCGGCCAUCCAGAAUCAUUUGCAAAACACUGUGGUGCAGGCGAAUAGGGAGUUGCUGGAGAAAUGUAACGUGGCCAAGAAAAAGAGAGCAGGAAGAGCCAUGGGACGUACAAGCUUAGUACUACAUAGCUUAGACGUAUUCAUGUUGGUCUUUGCUACUGUGCGUUGA